CAUAACUACCAUGCACUAAAAAAAGUUUAUAAUCAAAGAUUUCUAGCCGCCUUAUUUUUGAAGCAAAAUAACAGGAGAAGCAACCACUCCCACGUCCUUCAAUUCUCUCGCCGAAGGCAUGCCACUGGCAAGCGCAAAAAAAAGUGUGCCGCGCCCGAAGGGCGUAGUCUUCGAUUCAUCUCGCGUGAGCCGCACUUUGGAGACCUUGAAACGACGACUAGAGGAUGCUCACGUGCAAUCCGAGGGAAUGCGAGAGCAAAUGCAGCGGGUAGGAUUGAAAAUGAGAUACAACUGAUGUUGGCACUUCUUCGUGUGAUUCACUUCUUGGAGUCGUGAAUUUGAACCUUCGGAGUUCGGAUCAGCUACUUAUUUUCGAGAACAUUUUGAAAGAACUAUACUCUUUGUUGUAACACGCGUAAUGGCAUUAAAUGCCGAUGCGACUCUACAGGAUACUGCGGUUAUAACGAAGGCACAUGAACGGGCAAAAAAGCGUAUCGCAAAGCGACUAGGUGGUCGGUUUGUCGAUACGAGUAUUCACGCAAAAUUACCUGGGACCCAAACUCGCGGACGCGGACUCGGAACCCUAGGUAUCGAACAGUCACCAGCUUUCUCGUCGCCUGUAGGAAGGCCACGACGAGAGUAUGACGACGACGACGCGAGCGAUUCGAGGUCAGAUACUGAAACUUAUGACGACGACAUUUUGCUCGGUCGUGCGGGUGCGGCCUGCCAGCAGCAGUACCAAGAGGCGAGCGAAGAUCAAGCAGAUCCACAGAGUGUGGACAGGUUCGGGUUCAGUCCGGAGGCUCGUGG